UUUUGCUCUCGACAUUUCAUUCGCUUUUUUCUCAAUUUUAUUCUUUUUUGUGUCCAAGUUUUUGCUUUCAGUAAGUACCGUCUUUAUCGACCAAUAGUUCCGAGACGUGAUGUGGCUGGUGUGUCGAUCAUUAAGCCGUUGGUAGGGACUGAUGAGAACUUGUUCUUCAACCUCGAGAGUUUCUUCCGAAUGAAAUAUCCGACGUAUGAGCUGUUAUUCUGCGUUCAUGACUCGAGUGAUCCAGCGCAGAAAGUUGUCGAAGUGCUCAUGAGUAAGUACCCGCAGAUUGAUGCACGGAUAUUUUGUGGUGGCGAACACGUAGGGUUGAAUCCAAAAAUCAACAACAUGAUGCCAGCUUAUCGAGCGUCUAAAUAUCCGAUAGUUUUGGUCAGUGACAGCGCCAUCUACAGUGAGUUUUCAUUCGGUUUGAUUCGAAUUUCUUUUGUAGUCCACUUAAGGAAUGUUUUUUUAAAAGGCAUUUGCAAUUGGCAUUUCAAAUUGAUGUUUUGA